AUGGAGAAUUCCUCAUCUGAUAUCAGAUACUCGGCCGCCACUCUACCGGCCCCGGUCCUUGGCAGAGAUGUUGGCGAGCAAUCUCCUCUCUUACAGGGUCCCGAUACGUGCCGUCGAGACCUUCGGAUCGUGUUAAAGUUGCUCACACCUGGCAGCUACUCCAAUCUACUUCUGGUCUUCAUUCCGUUGGGGAUAACUUAUGGUGUCCAGAAUAGAGACCCAGAGCUCAUCUUUUGGUUCAACUUUCUAGCCAUCAUCCCGCUGUCAAAGCUGAAUCUUCGCAAGCUCCGUCAGCUGUCGUCCAUGUUGGGUCCUUUGGGUGGCGGAUUCCUACAUGCAAUCUUAGAUAAUGCACUCUUGUUAAUUGUACGCAUUGCGGCAAUUCAACAUGGCGCAGCUCAUAUUGCACAAUCCUGCAUUCUCGGGAGCGUCUUGGCCAAUCUUCUUCUUGUUGUAGGAUGGUGUUUCUUGGUCGGAAGCAUUCAUAAUCGUGAGCUCAUAUUUAAUACUACUUUUGCAUCGACAGCAUCUUCUCUCAUGAUCGUCGCAUCGACUUCCCUUGUUGUUCCGUCUGCUAUUUCCGAGAUGCACUGCAGAGUCGACCCCGACUGCGAAGACAAGUUGGUGCAAAUGUCACGCUCGGUAUCCUUGGCCUUACUGUUUCUUUUCCUUGUAUACCAGCACUACAGAUGGAGAUCUCACCGAGAGCUAUUCCUAGAAGGGACAUCAACUAUACUGGCUGACAGCUCUGAUAUAAGUCGAAUACUGUUUGGAAUUGUUGAGGGCUUGCUUCUCAUCUCCGUUCUGGGCCUGGCUUCGAUGUCUGCCUAUUUCCUAAUGCGCACCAUGAGCUCUGUGACAGAUUCCAGCUUUCUCAGCAACAGGGCGGUCAGUUUUGUCUUCCUACCCCUAGCAACUGACGGUCCAGGUCGGAUUGAAGCCAUCGUUGCCGCGUACAACAACCACAUGACGACGGCCCUCGAGUUUGCAAUCGGUCGAAGCAUGAAUGUUGCCUUGUUUAUCACACCAACAUUGGUCCUCUUCUCAUGGGUAGCUCAAUCCAGUGUUCCCAUGACUUUGCAUUUCCCUACGUUGGAGACGAUUUCCAUUUUCCUUGGCACGUUACUAGUCGCUGAGCUAUGCCGGGAUGGCAAAAGCGACUACUUGGAGGGCGCCAUGUGCCUUGUCACGUCAGUUUUGUUGCCCCCUUUUCUUCAUUUACGGAUACGCCGCACCACGCAGGCCCCAGCUAACUGUUUAUAUCUAUAG